AUGCCUGCAAACAAUGCAAAGAGAAGACGUUCAGAUGAUGUGGAUUUCAGCAGUAACCAUCCCACUGCGUCUGCUACUCCGUCUCUCCCGGCAAUCGGUGAGAAUAGGGAUACAGACCCUUCAGGGGUGAGUUGGUGGCUGGCCAGAACAGCCCCACCUAUUCGAUAUCUGUUCAAUGCUGACGGUUCUACAGCUGCUAGAGACUCUCCAACGCCAUAUAGACGACCUAAGAAGCCAUAUUUACUGCAUGCAAUGGUUCAAAAGGCAGGGCCACUCAAAAACAUGUCCAGAUUGUCGGGCACCAGUCAAAGCGACACCUGCUCCAGCAUAUUUGAUGCGAAUGAAACCACACAGGAGCAUUUGGCCAACCAAGUAGCAGAGACUGAGCAAGUCGAAAGGGACAAGCAGAAUACUGACCCUAGGACUGGUGGUCUGUUCCAGGGAUGCUUCAACAACACUCCUAUUCCACUUUAUGACAACGCCGAAGGUGUCUCACGGUGCCCAGGAUGUUUUUGGGAAUUGGAAGAUGGCGAAUGCACGCACUGCGGCUAUACAGUGAGCGACUCGGAGCAGGAUCAGGAACUUGAUGACGAGGUUAUGGAACAACUCCGACUAAUGGGAGAUGCCUUUACGGAAGAUGAGGAUGAGUCCGACUUUAUUGGACAACAUCAUAAUCCCUGGUGGGAAUAUAAUUUUCCCCCUCACGACGGUGGUCUUAUAACUGAUAUAACUGACAUGGAUGCCGACUCGGAGGAUGUAUACACGGAUGACAACGACGACAUUACAGAUGUUGGUGACGCUGAGUCGAAUUUGUCAGAAGACGAGUCUCUAAGGUCAGAGUCGGAUUCCUCAGGGAGGUCAAAUUCAACAGCGCGUCGUGCUUCCAGUGAUCAUGGUAGUCAGACGAUUGAACCCGAGUCAACUCCAUCUGUUCAGGAGAUAUCAUCCAGUGCCCAAUCCGAGGAAGAGUCAGAAGAGGAACCAAUCAGACGACCAGUACGCAGAAGAAUCUCUCGUCCACGUCAAUCUCCCCAACAUAUAUCCACCGAUCAAACAACGAGGAUGACAUUGCCCAUGAUUCUCCUUGCUAGCAUGAGGGGAACCGACCCCGAAAAUGCUGUCGUUAUUGACGAUUCCCCCCCUCCACGCCGAAAUUCAAGGCGUCGCCGCCGCCACUAG